GCUAACCCACAGCUGCGAAUGCGAAGCGGGCAGAUUACUGUACAACGCCUAGUUCUCGAGCCGGUGGCCGUUUUGUCAGCACUACCCUCUGGUCGUUCGUCAUCAGCAACCUUGUUCCUGUGUGCCGUGAUCACAACGUCUAGGGCAUCAGUAUGAAGCAGCAUCGUCUAUUACUUCUGAGAUGUACAAAAGGAGCUGCUGUGCCAUCCAUAUUGCAAAUAUUCUAGACAUCAGAGCACCGACACAAAUAAACACAAUCCAUCACAACCAAAAACUACCAGAGACCAAACAAUUACUUCUGUGUCUAUUACUCAGAGCGACUUCUCACAACGAAUCGAAACCAAACCUUUAUUUGCAACUCAAUAAAUCAAAAAUCCAACAAAAUGGUUGUCAUCGCAGUCGCCGGAGGAAGUGGUGGUCUCGGUCGCGCUCUUGUUGAGGGGAUCCAGGCUCGAGGCAAUCACGAGGUCGUGGUUCUCAGCCGCAAGGCCAAUCCAGCUCUUGAAGCCGAGCGAGGCGUCCGCUUUGUUCCCAUUGACUACUCGGACGUUGAGGCGGCCACCCGCGUCCUCGAGGAGAACAACAUCCACACCAUCGUCUCUGCGCUCAGCUUCAUGCCUGGCAACGGGGACAAUUACGAGGACCGCCUUGCCCUUGCCGCGGACGCGUCCGGACCUACCAAGCGCUUCAUCGCCAGCAACUGGGCCCUCGGCCAUCCCGAGAAUCGAAUCGUCACUUGUAGCGACCCUAUGCCCAUCGCGGCAGCGAAGGAUCGCAUUGUCGACGUCCUCCGCGCGUCCAAGACCCUCGAGUACACCGAGGUCCGCACCGGCUACUUCCUCGACUACUUCGGCAUGCCCAAGGUCAAGUCCUACCUGACGCCCUUUGUCAUCGUGCUCGACAUUGCGCACAACGCCGCCGCGAUCCCAGGCACCGGCAACGACCGCGUCUCGUUCACGCACACGCGCGACGUCGGGCGCUACGUCGCGGCUCUUCUCGACGUCGAGAAGUGGGAGACUGAGACCACCGUCGUGGCCGAGACGCUGACCUGGAACGAGUUCCUCGCGCUGGCCGAGGAGGUCAAGGGCACCAAGUUCGAGGUCACCUAUGACGGGCCGGAGCUGUAUAACAACGGCAAGACCGGCGAGCUGCCCACGCACAAGCAGAUGUAUCCCUUCUUCCCCAAGGAGAUGCUGCAGGGGAUGGCUUCGGCGUUCAACCUGACCUUUGUGCGGGGCAUCGCGGAUCUGAGUGGCGGCGUUACCCACAACGCACAGCUUGACGAGAUCAAGCCGUGGAGCGCGAAGGACGUGCUGGAGAUGGCAUGGAAGGCUUGA